CUUUUAUUUUGAAAUCCUCUUCGCUGCAGGUUUGCGGAAGUCCUCGCUGCUGAAUACACACACACACGGUCUAAGAAACAACACACCCAAACAUAAUAUUCCAGGACUCACAUCGUCGUUCACUAGAAAAGGCCGAAGGAGACCCAAACAAGGUGGGCUCUCUGCUACCUGGUUGCCCUGGUAACGUGUUGCCAUGCCGUUCCCUUUCGGUAAGUCUCACAAGUGUCCAGCGGACAUUGUGAAGAAUCUAAAGGACAACAUGACCAUUCUGGAGAAGCAGGAUAUUUCAGACAAGAAGGCUGAGAAGGCCUCUGAAGAGGUGUCCAAAUCUCUGCUGGCCAUGAAGGAGAUUCUCUACGGCACCAGUGAGAAGGAGCCGCAGACAGAAGCCGUGGCUCAGCUCGCUCAGGAGCUCUACAACAGCGGCCUGCUCAGCACUCUCGUGGCAGAUCUGCAGCUCAUCGACUUUGAGGGCAAGAAAGAUGUGGCACAGAUCUUUAACAAUAUUCUGAGACGUCAGAUCGGCACUCGGACCCCUACGGUUGAAUACCUGUGCACUCAACAAAAUAUACUCUUCAUGCUGCUUAAAGGUUACGAGUCUCCAGACAUCGCUCUGAACUGUGGGAUCAUGCUGAGGGAAUGCAUACGGCACGAGCCGCUGGCCAAGAUCACCCUCUGCUCCGAGCAGUUCUACGAUUUUUUCAGAUACGUGGAGAUGUCCACCUUCGACAUCGCCUCGGACGCAUUUGCCACUUUUAAAGAUUUGCUGACGAGACACAAACUGCUCAGCGCUGAGUUCCUGGAGCAGCACUAUGACAGAUUCUUUAGUGAAUAUGAGAAACUUCUUCACUCAGAAAAUUAUGUGACUAAAAGGCAGUCGCUAAAGCUUUUGGGAGAGCUGCUUUUGGACAGGCACAACUUCACUAUAAUGACAAAGUACAUAAGCAAACCCGAGAACCUCAAACUCAUGAUGAACCUACUGAGAGACAAGAGCCGCAACAUCCAGUUUGAGGCCUUUCACGUAUUUAAGGUGUUUGUGGCCAACCCGAACAAGACCCAGUCCAUCCUCGACAUCCUGCUGAAGAACCAGACCAAACUCAUCGAGUUCCUCGGCAAGUUCCAGAAUGACCGAAGCGAGGACGAGCAGUUCAGCGACGAGAAAACCUAUCUCAUCAAACAGAUCCGAGACCUCAAGAGGUCAACCCCGCAGGACGCUUGAGAAGCAUCACGAUUGUAUACAAAUGCAUAGAGGACAUCUAGACAGUGUUUUAGGCAGCGUCUGGAUGAUGUUUGGCUCUCUGGGAUGUUGAGUGGCCGCAGCACUGGGCAUGUUUUUGUGUUUUGCAGGAACCGUUAAAUGCCAUUUGAGCUCGGUGGUUGAGAAAUAUGACGACAAGGAUGAAAAGUAGUCUUGCUUCGCUGGGCAUUCAACCUAGCCUUCUACAAUGUUUUAUUUUCAUGUUUCAAAAAAACGAGCAAAAUGAACCGAAAAGACGGAUGUAGUUGCUGCUUUAUUGCACACAAAGAAGGAGGGUUCUGUACCUCAUACACAAACAUACACUCAAAUGGCUCUUGAUGCAAAUUGGAUAUUAAUGAAUUCCAGGAAACAUAUUCAAAUGCACAUUUUGAGGUUGCAUAUAGUGAGUGAGUAAACAUGUACAUAGGCUUUUUCAUUUUUAUGGUUGCAAUCGGAUUCAUUUUCAAAGACAGAGAUUAGUAAAUGUGUUGACUGAAAAGGGUUUAGUUAUUGCUAAGUUGUUGACCCUGAUUUAAUGUCUUCUCUUCUCAUAAGUCACUGUGUUGAGUGGGUGUAAUGGAAAGUUAACUUGUAUGCUUUCUGUGACUGUGACUUUAAGAUUUGUGCCCUGGCAGUAUAACUAACCCUACUACUCAUACCUUUUAGAUUUAGAGUUUAUAUGUUAACUUGUCCCUUGUUUGGAUAAUUGGAUGAGUUCAUGUUCAUGGGUGGGUCUCGCAAAAACAUGUCUAGGUUACAUUUCGCCCCAAAAUCAAAAGAAAAAAAAAAACAUAUUUUGGGACAUUCCUCUGCCAAAUUCUCAUUACUUUACAGUAUCUGGUCUAACUUUAUUUUAUUCUCAAGUCAUUUUCAUUAGAUUCUCAUUACUGUAAUACAAAAUAUUAUUUUUAUUACUUUUAUUUGAAUUAGUAGAAAGUCUGUACAAGUACUAAUAUGCAUUUUUUUUUAAUAAAUUAUAAAUGAAAUAAAGAAAAUAUAAUAUAAUUUUAUAGUUAUAUAAAUAUAAAAUACAAUUCUAAAUAUUUUUAUAUAUUAUAUAAAAAUAUUUUACUGUAAUAUACUUGUAUACAGACUUUUGUAAAUUAUGCAUUACAGAAAUUGGGGCAUAAUUGUCAUCUUAAAAAUCUGAAGUUGUAUAACCAUACACAAGCUAUAAUUUCAUAUAUCUUGAUUUUGGGGUGAAAUAUGACCUGGUCAGGUUCUUUAAUGGUUUUGUGUGAUUUGACUAAAUGCACCAGCUUACAUACUGUAUCUCCUUCCUGUCUGUAGGUUUUAAGUCGGAGGGGGAAAUAACGAGUCCAAUGUGAGAUGUUAUUAUCAGCAGACUAAUCUGAAAUGGUUGGAUGUAGAGAAGCAGCUUAAGCUCAUAUUAGCACCUAGUUGUGGCUGCUGAGAGAACAUUUGAGCAGCUAUGUCCUUUAUGAAUGUUUUAUGUAGGUUUGUUUUAAGAAUAGUGCAGUGCUUGAUGGUGUUGUCAUUUAAUAUGUUAAAUCUGUUGCAAGAAUGAAAAACCACACAAAACUGAAAGUGAUUUAGAGGGUUUGGUUGAUCAUUUUCAAGUUAUGGUUAGCAUUACUGCUUUUACUCACAAGACGGCCGCAAUCAUCUAUCAUAAAACCCUACAUUUCUCGCAUAAGCGAAAGCAGGUGUUAUUCAUAAUGGUACCUCUUACUCAUUUUCAAUGCAGAACUUUACCUGAACUCCCAUAAAACACGUUCUGCUGAAUGUUUACAGUACAGGUCAGAAUAACAGGGAUUGACAUGUCUAUAACAGUAUUUUAUUUUAGUGAAAUGUAAAAUAAACCUUACAUAGCUGUACAAAGAUGUAUUUUUUUUUCUUCAUAUUUCAGUCUCAGCAUAUACUGGUGACGGGCAACUCGCCAUAAUGUGUGGUUUAGUCUGCAUCUGACUAGACUUUUCAUUGGUUGGCACAUGUAACAAGCAGGUCACAGUCAUCUUGUAUGCCUGACAUCAUAAUGGCCCCGAGCAUUAAGAAUUCUGAGAAUUAGCAAAUUUAUCUUGGCAUAUCAGUGCAUGUUUCUAUUUUACAGCCUUAGAUUAAGCAUGAACAUCUUAACGGGCAGGCUGGAAAACUCUUGGCCUGCUGUCUGUUCAAUUACAGUCCAAUCUAACCUUUGUAGAUCUGGCCAGAGUAAUAAGGCUUGGGCACAGAAGUGGUGGAGUUUCAUCUGAAACGUCAAUCAGUAGCCAGACUAACCAUUGGAAAUAAAGUUUGGAAUAAAAUAA